CUCUUCCUUUUAGGCUGGAAUCGAUGGGGAAAGCAUUGGCAACUGCCCCUUCUCUCAGCGUCUCUUUAUGAUCCUCUGGCUGAAAGGCGUUGUGUUCAAUGUCACCACUGUGGAUCUGAAAAGAAAGCCUGCCGACCUGCACAACCUUGCCCCAGGCACCCAUCCGCCCUUCUUGACCUUCAACGGGGAUGUGAAGACGGACGUCAAUAAGAUCGAGGAAUUCCUGGAGGAGACUUUGGCUCCUGAAAAGUACCCCAAACUGGCUGCGAAACACCGGGAAUCCAACGCGGCCGGCAUCGACAUCUUCUCCAAGUUCUCGGCCUACAUCAAAAACACAAAGCCGCAGAACAAUGCUGGUCUGCUGGGUCCAGAAGUUCUUAGGCUCAGCGAACCAGAAGCCAAGACAGAGAGUAGCACCAUGGCCCACCCCACUCGGCCGCUUGCCCUGGAGACGGUCCACACCCCACUCUGCUUCGUGCCAGCCCGGUAG